AUGGAUUCUUGGAGAUACGACGUCUAUGUGAGCUUCUACAGUAAAGACGUCGUUACGACAUUUCUCAGUGAUAUACAAAUACUGUUGAACGACAAUGCAAUUAUCAUGUUCGAUGAUCAAGGGAUCAAGAGAAGCAAGACCAUCGCCCCUGCUCUCACUCAAGCGAUUAGGCAAUCGAGGAUCUCGAUCGUGGUGCUCUCGGAGAACUAUGCUUCUUCCAGCCGGUGUUUGGAUGAAUUGGUGGAGAUUUUGAAGUGCAAGCAAGAGAUGAGGCAAAUAGUGAUACCAGUCUUCUACGGAGUAGAUCCAUCUGAUGUGCGGAAACAAACCGGAGAAUUUGGGAAAGUUUUCAAGGAAACUUGUCUUCGUCAUACAGAGGAGGACAUACAAAUAUGGAGCCAAGCUUUGACCCAUGUGACCAACUUAGGAGGAUAUCACUCUCGAAACUGGGACAAUAAAGCGGCGAUGAUCAAGAAAAUUGCUAGAUCUGUUUCACAUAAACUACAUGCUACACCAUCUAAGGAUUUUGAUGUCAUGGUUGGAAUCGAAGCACACUUGAAAAAGAUACAUUCUUUGUUACAUUUAGAAGACGAGAAAAAAGCGAUGAUAGUUGGAAUCUGUGGCCCUGCAGGCAUUGGUAAGACUGCCAUUGCAAGAACUUUGCAUGAUAUACUCUCUUACAGUUUUCUACGUUUCCAGCAUACUUGUUUUAUGGAGAAUCUUGGGGAAUUUCGCUUCAAUAGCGGUCUUGACGAGUCUGGUUUGAAGCUGCAAUUACAAGAGCAGCUUCUUUCCAAGAUUGUGAACCAGAAUGGUACGGAUUUAGACGAUCUUGGUGCAUUAGAUGAACGGCUACGUGACAAAAAAGUUCUUAUCGUUCUUGAUGAUGUAGACGAUCUGAAGCAACUAAAGGCUUUGGCUGAUGAAACUUCAUGGUUUGGUCCUGGAAGUAGGAUUAUCGUGAUCACACAAGACCCAGAGCUCUUGCGGCAACAUGGUAUUGAUAUUACAUACCAUGUUGAUCUUCCAUCUAGUGAAGAAGCUCUCCAGAUCUUAUGUAGAUAUGCUUUUAGACAAAGCUAUCCACCUAGUGGUUUUGAAAAUCUUGCACGAAGAGGAACAGAGUUUUGUGGUAAGCUUCCACUGCGUCUACGUGAGGUGGGUUCAUCUUUACGUGGGAAGAACAAAGAAGAGUGGAAAAAAUUACUAGGAGUCGGAAAUGAACCAAGAGGUAAAAGUUGGCGUUCCACCGGAAUGGCUUUCCUCGUCGUCAUCAAUUUGCUCAUAGAGAUUGCAGCAGUGGUUUCAGAACAGCUCUCUUCUGUUCACAAGCCUGACUUCGCAAGAAUCUCCUUAGCAAUGUCAGUUCUCUCUGUUUUCCUCUCCAUCUUUGACCUCACUUACAAAAUCCGGGCCAGUGAAGCUCGUUUCCGAUGGAAGGAAAUCAUUGGGCGUUCCACAGAUACCAUCUUAUUGUUCUGUGGUGUUGGUCAGUUAGUAUUGUCGAUCACCACUUGUGUUUUUAUCGAAAGGGGACAGGAGAGUCCCAUCAACGUAUCAGUGUUUCCUCUCUUCUUUGCUGUCGGUAUGGUCAUCUCCAAGUUCAUGGAGAAGCCGGCCCUUUUUGAGGAAACUUUACCUAUAACAAUAAAAACGCAGUGA